AUGGCUACUUUCGAUGGCAAGGUGUUUGCAGUUACUGGAGCUGGUUCAGGAAUAGGAGCCGCCACAGCAAAGGUUUUGUACUCUCGAGGCGCAUCACUUGCAUUAUGUGAUUUGCAAUUCGAAGCACUCAAAAAGAUCGCUCAAGAACUUGAGCCAGUAUCUGCCGGCCAACGUCUUUCCUACCAUGCCGUUGACGUUCGCAAAACCGAAGAAGUCAAUCAGUGGACCGACGGUAUAAUCAAGGAUUUCGGCAAGCUGGAUGGCGCCGCAAACAUCGCAGGUGCUGUUCGAAAAUUACCAUUGGGAACUCUUCUAGAAGAUACAACAGAUGAAGACUGGGAUUUCACGAUACAAACCAAUGCAGCCGGAGUUUUCAAGUGUCUUCGCUCACAGCUGAAAGCCAUGAAGAAUGGAGGCGCAAUCGUUAAUAUGACCAGUGUGGCUGGCCUCGAUGGUGCUGCUGGAUGUGGUGCCUAUUCUCCCAGCAAGCACGCUGUAAUCGGUAUCACGAGAACAGCCGCACUUGAAGCUGCGCCCAAAGGUAUUCGGGUAAACGGAAUUGCACCUGGCUUAAUUGAUACCCCUAUGGCUGCUACAGAAGGUUUUCCAGUGGAGACGUUUCUUAAACAGGUACCUAUGAAAAGAAUCGCGCAGCCUGAGGAGAUUGGACGAAUUGUCGCCGUCCUACUUAGUGAUGAUGCUAGCUAUAUGACCGGCGAAAUAGUACGGGUUGACGGUGGUCUGCGAGCUUAA